AUGAAUAAAUCAAUCUCUGGUGAAAAAAUUUCGGAUGAACCAAUUUCCGAUAGUGAACCAAUUUCUAAUAGUGGAUCGUCUUCUAAGGAUGAAUCACCCGAAGAUUUAUGUCGAAUUCAACAUAUCCGAUUUAAAAUAAUGCUUUUAAAUGAGCAUUAUAAAUCAUAUAAGAACAAAUUAAGAUGUCGUUUUAAUUUGUGCAUUGCACAAAUUUUUAUCUCAUUAAUUGCAAUUUUUAUUGCUAAAAAUAUUAGUAAAAUUGGUCCGUUGAUUUCAUCUCUAUUUGUAAUGGCUGGUACAAUCACAACUAUUUUUACUGUAUAUUUAAAUCUAUCUUCAGAAAAAUAUUAUGAGAAAAGUGGUUAUACUGAAGUAACUAAGGAUGUGUUUAAGCCUAUGCUUUUAGAUGUUAACAAAAGUGUUCUGAAAG